AUGCGCCGGCGUUUAUGUCAAAGCGAAGGACAUCGCGCUGACAUCAUCGUUCAGGAUAUCACCUGCAAUUACAUGAUGCUUUCUCUGAAACUAAAACAGAUUACUCUGCAGAGCACUCGUAUCACGCUGCAGACAAUACCAGUGAGUCAGCAGGUAAGCUUCUACCAGCUCGAUAAAGUGAUCCGAUUCGUGCUUGACUCCAUCGCAAAGCGGUGGAUUGGCAGAAAAACAGAGCGUAAACCGUUGCCCAGCUCUUUCCGCACAACCUGUACGCGGCUUCAUUGGGCUGCAAAGAUAUCCAGCACGCUAAAGAGUUCUCAGCAGAGUUUGUGGUCACGAAUCAGCUCGCAACCUGGUUGUUUUAGGAUGAGAUCUUCCUAG